AUGUCGGCGGUCUCAGAAAACAUCGAGUCGCUGCAGAAGCGUCUGCAGGUGAGCGACGAGUGGAACAUGCGGCUGCAGAGCCAAAUUCAGGAACUGCUGCGCCUCCCACGCAGCGAGGUCGAGGCGAUGCGCAGUCGAAUGCACAACCCCGACAUUGCGAUCCCCCUGCUGCAGUGCUACGACGCCGCCAUACUCGAGAAGCAAGAGGAGAAUGAGAAACUGCAGCAGGAGAACGGCAAACUGAAGGCAAAGUUGGAGGCGACUACUGGAGAGCUCGAGGAGACACGUGAGGCGGUGCGUGCAGCAGAGACACUGGUGAAGGAGGUGCGCGCGCAGGCGCAGGCCGAUCACGACAGUGUCGACGCCGCGCGCCACGAGGCGGAGCGUGAGGCGGCGCAGACGCGGCAGGAG